UUGUUCGCUUGAAGUCCCUGUGUGACAGUGGUCGUUGUGUGAGACUCUUCAACGCUUAAACACUUGUAGUUUUGUUAACUCAAGACAUUUCACGCGUCCAGACUUUCAGGCGAUGCCAUAUUUAUACUAUGACCAAACCGGAACACACACCUUUCCCAUCGCCUGAAAGAGCUAUUUAUGGAUUUGCUCUCUAUCUGGGUUCUUUUAUCUGCAUUGCCCUUUACAUUGGUUGGGCCUUUAUUCCUGACGGUUACCUCCAUUCUGCAGGAUUAACGUAUUAUCCUCAAAAGUAUUGGGCUGUUGCAAUUCCUGCCUAUAUCAUAAUGAUCGUUCUUCUUGGCUAUUUAGCAUAUUUUGCCAUUGUUUUCAUAAGCACUGAAAACUUAGACUCCCUCAAUACCAUCACAGACAAAUAUGCCUUGUGCAAAAGUGAAGAAAAUAUUGUAGAGAAUUCCAUACCAAAUAUUUAUGAUAUAAGUGUUUCUGAAGUAACUAGAAAAUAUUAUUUAAAUGGAGAAUCAAUUAAUUAAUAAAACUAAUUUAAAACAGAGA